AUGCCUUCCCUGGUAGAGGCCCGUCCCAGGCAGCCGUCGCCCGAACUCAAACUGCUGUCAAGUCUCGACACUGGUUUCGGCGAACAAGGCCUGGAAACUGCUGCCAAGGUCCUCGACGUUAUCUGCCAGUAUCGGCUGAGAAGGGCUGAGCACUCAGAGGUCCCUGAUAUCGAGGGUAGACUAGGCUUUUUGUCCAUGGUUUAUGGACAUGUCAGGGCCAACUCCCCCAUCCUCAUGUGUCUGCCCGCCUUCCCUUUCAAGUCGCCCAACUCUCGAGACAAAGUCCUGGGCCGCCUGCCCGAUAAGGCCGAGGAGUUUGCCCUCGCUCAUCUCAAUGGUCUCUGCGCCGCCGUCGGAGACAUCUAUGCGCCAGGCGCAAAGCUCACAAUCGUUUCCGACGGACUGGUAUAUAACGACCUGCUCAGCGUGCCGGACCGCGAUGUCUGGGCCUACGGUGAGGCACUUCGUCAGAUGGCCUGGGCCAAAGGGUUCGAGCACAUCAGAUUCUCGCGGCUCCAGGAUCUCGUGCACCUGCCCAACCUGCCCAGCUCGCUGAAUGAGAUCACAUAUGUCGCAAACGCCACCAACUUCCGUCGACAGCUUCUCAACACAUUCGGCCGCAGCGACUACGACCCCUCAACAGAAAUUACCAAGAACGAAGACACCUGUCAAACAUAUAGAGGGUAUAUCAAGUUCCUCGAAACCGAUCUUGCGCUCGUUUAUCCAGUCGGCGAGGACAACGGACGUUCCAAGUCCAGCUACAAGAAGGGGAUCGAGUACAUCUCGAAGCAGAUGCUCCAGCGCGGUGACGCCUUUGCGCGUGCUGUCCGCGAAAACUAUCGCGAUCACUUGCGCCUCUCCAUCCACCCCUCCACCGGCCGUACGAAGCUCUCCAUCAACACCCUGCCAACGACAACGAGCUACACCACGCCAUGGCACUGCAGCAUCGCAUUCAGGCUUGACGGCUCCUCGACCACUGGUCCUAGGGCCGUCUUCGACAACGACCCCGCUUACGAGCUGGUUCUGGAGGAUGGCAAGCCCAGCUACUACCGCGAGCGGAGCGAUCUCUUCGCAUGGGAUGCGGACGUCGCGUACGAGCCUCUGUACCCAUCCGGUUUGAUGAUCCGACCCGCGGCAGGGCCCAAGACUCUGUCCAUUCGCAAUGUCGACGCCGCCAAGGUGCGCGCGCUAUCGGAGCGCAACUCGCCCGUCAUCCUGCGCGGUUUCACGGAAACGAGAAAUCGUGACCUGUUCGUGGACAAGGCUCACGAGUUCGGAACGCCGCUGCCUUGGAAGUUCGGACUCGUGCUCGAAGUCAAGGACCAAGGAGCCGACUCUCGGGGCCUCAAUAACGUCCUCUCAGCCGAAUGGAUGCCUUUCCACUUUGACGGGCUCUUCAAGACAGAGAAGAAGGUGCUCGAAGACGGCACGGAGAGAAUGCUGCCCAACCCUCCAAAGUUCCAGUUCUUCACCGCCGUCACCCCCUCGCCAAAAGACACAGGCUUCACCCUCUUCACACCCUCGCGCCUCGUCUUUCAGAAUCUGCCCACCUGGCUGCCGCUUGCGCGCCUCUCGCAGCUGACCUGGCGCGUCUCAACCUCAUCCUUCAACGCCACAACCAUGACGGGCCUGCCACUCGUCGUCCCCCACUCGACGACGGGCGAGCCCUGCUUCCGCUACCACGAGCCCUGGCCCCAGAGCAAGACGACGUUUGACGCCACCGACGUUGCCAUCGAGGGCGUCUCAGCCGAGGAGAGUGCCGAGAUCUGCGCCGUCCUCGACGCGCUGUUGCACGACAGGCGGAACACGCUCUGGCACUCGUGGGAGAACGGCGACCUGCUCGUAAGCGAUAACAUGCUGGCCAUGCACACGCGGAGCGACUUCAAGUCGGGCGCGCCGCGGGAGCUUUGGAGGAUCCAUUUCGAUUAG